AUGCCGAUCAAGAGGCCACAGAAAAUUGAGGAGGUUCUCGUCUCUGAAAAAAUGCGCCAGGAUUGCCGUCUGGCCACCAUCCCUGUGAAGAAUACGAUGGUAAUCAAGGGCCUGCUCCAAAGACUGAGUUCCUUAACAGUGAUUCUUCUAGUCACUGCGCUGUCUGCAGCCGGUUCACAAGAAGACACCGGCUACUUCUGGCACGUGACUGAUUUUCACGUCGACAAAAAGUACUCGGCUGGAGGCAGUCGCCACCUAUCCUGUCAUCAUGGUGCUAACGACUCCUCUGUAGACAAUACUGGGCCUUAUGGUGAUUUCUUGUGCGAUGCCCCGGUAUUGCUGGCCCAGUCGGCCAUUGAAGCUAUGGAACAGGUCAAACCAGAGGUUGACUUCAUCCUCUGGACUGGAGACAAUAUGGCACACGGAACAGAGCUUACUUGGACAGAUGUGUACAGCCAGAUACACUGGAUCACGACGUUUCUAAGACGCAAAAUGGGACAGAAUCGGACAAUCAUCGUGCCCACGUUGGGAAAUCACGACUGGGUUCCCGCCAACGCGGUGGAGUCCACGAACGCUACACCUUACCGUGGUUUCAUCAGCGGCGCAGGCUUCAAUCAGCUGCUCCCUGAGGAAGCGUGGGGUACCUUUGAACGCGGUGGAUACUACAGCCUGUCCCUCUCAAAGAACAUUCGCCUGGUGUGCCUCAACUCUGUGCUGUGGUACACUAUGAACAAGGGCAGACGGCCGAGAUCCAGUGUUGACCAGCAGCUGAAAUGGCUGCGAGAAGAGCUGAAUGACGCACAGCGACAGGGACAGAAGGUGUUCAUCUCUGGACACAUCGGGCCAGGCUUCUUUAGCCGGUCCCUUCCGGGUGAGGCAGCCCGUAUUUCGUUCUUCGAUGACAUCAACGACGGCUACCAGGACCUAAUCGGCGAUUACAAGGACGUUGUGACCGGACAGUUUUUCGGACAUCAGCACGCCAACGUCUUCAUCUUACUAUCGGACAAAGCAGGCACGCCAGUCAACUCUGCCCAGUUGACCGGAUCGGUCACACCCUGCGGAAGUGGCCACCCGGUUUACAAAUCCAUCGCGGUUCCCGUCAAUCCGUCGUUGCGGUUGUACAGCUACCGACGCUCAAGUGGCGAACUUCUGGACUACAGCGUCUACUACCUGGAUCUGCAAAAUGCCAACAGGGCUGCUUCCUUCCAGCGACUUCCAAAAUGGGAGCGCCUAUACUCGGCCAGGAAGGAUUUGGGCGUGCCAGACCUGAGCACGGCGUCCAUGGCAGAACUGGCGCAACGCAUCUCUCGCUCGCCCGACCUCCUGUCGCGGUACAUUAGCUACAGCUCGUCCCUCAAGGACGUGGGACUGUGCGACGGAGCAUGCCGUCGGACGAUGCUGUGCGCUAUCCUAGCGUCCCGCCGGGCUUUCCACGAGGCGUGCCUCGCCCCAGAGACCAAGGGUCACUCUGCGCACGGUCUCCCCAUGAACGAUGGCACCGAACCUCUGCCAACCAUUCGGGACGUGAUUGUAGGACUGUCCAUCUCAGUCAGCGUGGUCGCCGGCAUCGUUCUACUCGCGUGGGCCAAGAGGGCACGCAUGAUGCAAGGACCGCGCUAUGGACGCUUUUUCUGA